UACCAGCUGGACAACACAUAUUUCAUGUUAAAGGCAUGGUUGGGGAGUAUGAUGUGAACAUACAGAAGGAGGAGUGUUCUUGUAGGGCAUGGCAGCUCUCUGGAAUUCCAUGUAGACAUGGAGUUGCAUGUUUAAGACAUGAAAGAAUUAAACCAGAGGAUGUUGUCAACAAGUGCUACAGCAUAGAUGCUUUCAGAGCUGCUUAUGGCAAGAUCAUAAUGCCAUGUAGUGAUCCUAGAGUGUGGCCUAAAACUAAUGGGCCUCAAAUGCUGCCACCACACUAUGAGAAGAAAGUUGGUAGGCCUGGAAAGAAGAGAAAGAAGAACCCACUAGAGGAGGACAAUGGAACUAGGAUGAGCAGACAUGGCAUUAUUGGACACUGCAGUGUGUGCAAUCAACCAGGACACAACAAAAGAAAGUGCCCUGAACUAGGUAGAGGACAACCAACAGCAGCACAUGAGGCAGGAGCAGAACAAGAUCCAGCAGCAGAACAAUAUCCAGCAGCAGAAGAGGAAGCAGCAGAACAUGUGCAAACAACAGAACAUGUGCCAAUUCAGGUUGUGCUUCCAGAAACACAACAAAGAACUAAACUACCAGUCAAGAGAAGGCCCAGUUGCAAGAAAAAGGCAUGUCCACAAGUGGGCAGAAGUACAUCUAAUAUGAUAUCUUCUUCUAUGAAUUAUGAUCUUGCUUCAUCUACUAUGAUUGAGAUUUUACAGGACCAAGCUAUAGCUACUCAACAAUCUCAAACAGCAGUGCCAGCUCCUCUACCAGAAAGCCAGUUCAUUGCAAACUGCAGAGAUGCCCUGCCAGCUCCAAGAAGCCACACUACUGCUACACUAGGUUUGAAGAGAAGGAAGAAAGUGAAAAAAACUAAGGAGAACAAAGCCCCAACAACUCAGAAGUGAAGAGCUACAAAGAUGUUAUGGAAAGAAGCAGUGUAGGAUGUUUUUCUUUUGCUUAGGAAACAAGGUGGUUUGUAAUGAAACCUCAUGCUAAGAUGUGGCUUUGGGUUUCACACAAACCAUGGAAAUGUAAUACUUUUGUUGCACAACUUCAAGACCUUGUAAUGUUGGGUCCAUCUAUCUAUCUUUCAGACUGCUUUGAAGUUCAGUUAGUAAAAG